AUUUAAUCUCUAAGACAUUUAGAUGUGAAGUAUAUUUUUCAUAACUUUUUCCAUUUAGUGUUUUGUGAAUGAUUUUAUGUUUAUAACUAAAUAUUUAUUGAUUGAAUGGAUGUUUUUACUUUGCCCAAUGCAGUCCCUUUUGUUUACUCAGCCCUUGUGGAAGGAAUGAGAGAAGAUAAACCAGGAAAGGAGGACAUCACAGAGUUCCUGAUAGGUAGUGGGUGGGUGUAGACUUAGUUCUACUUCAAAACUCACCUCUUUAGGAAAUUUUUCUCAUAAUUUGCCUAACUUACGUUGACUGUAUAACUCUUAGCAUUGUGGUGCCCAUUUUGUAUUGUAUUUAAAUUCUAUUUCUUGGCGUAUUAUGUAUAAAUGUGAUGAUAGGUCUUUUAAAAUGAAUGUUACUUUGCCAACUAGAUUAGAUUGACUAAUUCUCCAAUUAGAUGGUAGUUUGGGGCAGCCAAAACUUCUGUUGUUUUUUCCUCUGUUUUAAAUUGAUUUUUAAAAUACACUAAUAAUAUAUGAAUAUGCUCUUUGUAUAAAAAAGUCAAACAUUACAAUUAUCUAAAGUCCCCUUUGAUCAACUCAGUAUCCCUCUGAGUUAAUCACUGUUAAUCGGUUUUAUGAGCCCUGCCAGACCUUUUUCUAUGUAUUGCUUACAUACAUAUUUUUAUUAUAUAUCGAACUUCAUACGUAAUUAUCUCCCCUCUGUUUUUCACAACUGCCUGUAGUGAUCAAUGAUCAGUAGAUACGAAAUCUUUACUGAUACCUGGGUCUAAAAGACCGGAAUGAGAAGUGAAAGAUCAAACAUGUGAAAACAUGUCAUACGUAUCCAGCUUGCAAAAUUCCAUUCCAUAUCUUGUUUACAUAUGUAGUCCCCAGGUAUCAUUGGACAGGCCAUGGCUCCACGUCCCCGGCGACGAAGGCACAAGAAGUCCCGCUCUUCGGUGGCUCCCAUGGUUGAGACCCCUGUGCCUCUGACUGUCUCAAAACCUGGCCCUAGCAUUGAUGCACUUGGCUUCCACUCCUUGGAGAAUAACGUUCCUGGCCUACCCCAGCUGAUUCUUCAAAAACUGAACAUGAAAAGCUAUGAAGAAUACAAGUUGGUGAUAGAUGGGGGUACUCCUGUAUCAGAUUUUGGAUUUCGAUGCCCUCAAGAAAUGUUCCAGAAGAUGGAGGACACAUUCCGAUUCUGUGCUCACUGUAAAGCACUCCCUAGUGGCCUUUCAGACUCCAAGGUCCUCCGGCACUGCAAGAGGUGCAGAAAUGUCUAUUACUGUGGUCCAGAGUGUCAGAGGACAGACUGGCCAGCACACAGGAGAGUCUGUCAAGAGCUGCGUCUCGUAGCUGUGGACCGUCUCAUGGAGUGGCUUCUGGUCACAGGUGAUUUUGUCCUACCCUCGGGACAUUGGUCAUGGCCGACGGAAGUUGUGCAGGGCUGGGACACCUGGUUUUCUAUGCGGCAUUUACAGCUAGAUGCUACACUGGAUGCUGUGCUGGGUAGUCAUGCCAUGGCCACCCUGUGGGCCAGUGUAGGACGGCCAAGGCCAGACCCAGAUGUCCUGAAGGACUCUUUGAAGCGACUGCUGACAGAUGCCCUGUCACGGCCCUUGACACUGGGCCUUGGGCUUCGGGCUUUGGGCAUAAAUGUUAAGAAGACUGGAGGAAGCACCAUUCAUGUAGUUGGUGCUUCCCAUGUGGAGACAUUCCUCACUCGCUCCGGGGACUAUGAUGAGCUUGGUUACAUGUUUCCUGGACACUGUGGCUUCCGUAUAAUCAUGGUGGGUGUAGAUGUAGCUGCCGGCUUUUCAAAGAACACCUCAGCUUCCCCCCUGGAACCUGGCACAGUUCAGCUUAGUGGCCAUAGGGGCCUCUAUCAUAACUUCUGGGAGGCGCAGGUAGAGACGGGGCAGAGCGCCCGUCCAGACUUGGUGGCGGCAUUCCAUCCAGGUUUCCAUGCUUCUCCGGACUUGAUGGAGGCUUGGGUGCCCACCCUUCUGCUACUUCGUGAUUAUGAGAUCCCUACUUUGAUUACUGUUUACAGCCAACAGGAGCUGGCAGCCUCUUUGCAGAUUCUGGUGGACCUGGAUACACACAUCACUGCCUAUGGAGCUAACCCUUUCACGUCCCUCAAACCUGAACAGGUCUAUUCCAACCCCAACAAGCAGCCAGUAUACAGCAGUGCCUACUAUAUCAUGUUUCUUGGAAGCUGCUGCCAGCUGGGUCAGGGGCAAUUAGAAGAGAAAGUAGAUGGUGGGCUUUAAAUAGCUGGGCGGGGUUCUGACUGGAUGCCUAGAGAAGAGGGAGGUUGUGAUGAAAGUACCCUCCCUGCUGAUGCCAGUUUGUCACCAACUUUGAAACCCACAUUCACUUGUCCAGGUAAAGGUUCCAAGCUGAAUGGCAGCUCCCUAUGUGAUGUGACUCAUUUCCAAGAGCUUAGCUGCUAAUAGCUUCUAGAGACAGGAUUCUCUCUACCUAAUGUGUGGCGAGAGGCUUUGCUGUCAGGCUUUCCAGAGCCUGUAGUUCCUAACAGUUUCCUUUGUGAGAAAGUUACACCUUUUGACUCGAACCAGAUCACACCGAGGAGAAGAACCAGAUCUCACCGAGGAGAAGAACGACACCUUAUUCCG